AUGUCAUUACGAUUUGUGUCGCAUCAUAUACUCUUUGCUACGGUCUUCACCUUUUGUAUUGUAAUCCUGUUUACUUCGUAUCGGCUGCACGGCCAUCCGACCACUCAAACCACUGCCUCAUCCUCAUCCUUGGCCGCGCCAGCCAAAGAAGUCUUACAAUUCGAUCAAUACUGUAACGCCAUCCCUCCUUCAAAAGACAUCUUGAUCGUUGUCAAAACUGGCGCAAACGAGAUUCACGAUAAGCUUUCCACGCAGCUUUUAACCAGUCUCCGCUGCUACAAGGACAUCCUAAUCUUCUCCGAUCUCGAACAACAGAUCGGUCCAUUCGACGUCCAUGAUGCCUUGAAAAAUGUUUCAAACGCAAUAAAAGAUCAGAGCUUAGACUUCGAAUUUUAUCGUCAGCUACAAGACUAUAAGAAAAAUGAUCAAGAUAUUACCACCCUAGGACGGAAUAGCAGCACAGCAGCGUGGGAUCUGGACAAGUACAAGUUCCUCCCCAUGCUGGAAGAAACAUGGAAGAUACAACCCCACCGAAAGUGGUACAUUUUCAUUGAAGCCGACACUUAUCUAGUUCGCACGAAUUUACUACUUUGGUUAGAACGGCAGGAUCCAUCACAGCUGAUCUACUAUGGCUCUCCAACCUCUAUCAACGAUAAAACUUUCGGGCAUGGCGGCAGUGGCGUGGUUCUGUCUGGAGCCGCACUAUCUCGGUUUGCCGAGAACGACACAGGAAUCGCUGCACGAUAUGAUGAUAUGUUACAGUCUGAAAAAUAUGGUGAUUAUGUUCUUACGAAGGCCCUGGGCGACAAGGGAAUAGCGUUCACUGGUCGCUGGCCUAUGCUUCAAGCUGAAAAGCCAUCAACAAUACCCUUCGGGCCUGGGCCAGACAGUGAAGUGAGGCACUGGCGCCAGCCAAUCGUUACCAUGCACCAUGUUACUCCAGAGGAAGCGUGUGCUCUUUGGAAAUUUGAGCAGCAACGGAAGAAUCCAAAGGAACCUCUUCUUAUACGAGAGCUCUACCAAGACAUGGUUGGCUCCAAGUUCUACGCGGAACGUGAGGAUUGGUACAAUCUCUCUGAUGACAUGUUUUACCGAGCCCCGGGCGUCCACAACGACCGCCAGAAAUCUCCCGAAGACAUGUCGGCGCUCGAACGCGAGGCACACCUUUCUUUCGAGCAUUGCGGCCGAGCGUGUGAAGAACAGCCUCGUUGUUUUCAGUACAGCUACUCGAAUCGCGAAUGUGGCUUCUCCUACUCUUACCGGUUGGGCAGGAAGCGAUAUCCCGAGUCUGGCACGACGUUCAUGUCCGGCUGGAAUUUGGUACGAAUAGCCCAAGAUCAGUCUGAGCAUUCGUGUCCUUCUCCUGAAUGGUUGUGA